AUGGAAGAAAUUCUGUACCAAAGAAAAGAAGAGGCUGAUGAUAGUUUAUGUAUUUUAGAAAAGCUUGGAUAUUCCAAAGAACAGGCUGAGAAAAGGGUUCAGAUAUAUGAAAAUGCUGGUAAAGGAGGUAGUUUGUAUGAAACAGUUAAAUUCCAGGUAGAUUACAAUAUAGUGAUUGCAGGCAGUCGAGGGGAUGGCACUGGAGUUUAUGCUGACUGUGAUGUUGACAAACUCUUAGUUCAAAAUCAUUUACAAUGCAUUGAAAAAGGGAUUGAUGCCAAAAUAUACAAUAAUAGUUCAACUGUGUUGGAAAUUGAUACUGAGGAUGUUCCUAAUGGAUAUACCAAACUAAAGUUCAUUUCAAAAGCAGAAAACCAGAAAGACGACAUCCAUACAAAAAUACCGAAAUUCCUUAAAGACGAAAAGGGAGAACUGUAUCUUAGAAAUGACUGUAAAUUAAGUGCUGGCAUUGGUCGAGACUACACUGAUGCAGACUGUGGCUGGAUUGAGAAGAACCUUGUACAUGCUGAUAUAAAAUCUGGUCCAUCAAAACCAUACAGAAUUCAAAUACCAUUUGUAUCAUUCUACAUUCUCUUUGAUGAUGUAUUAGCAUUUCGGUGUGUUUUUCCAACCAUCAUAGACACUUGGUGCAAUCGCGAAAGAUCGAAAGACUGGCCAUCAAAAGAGUUAGUAGAAAACGUAAAAGAAAUGGAAGUGUAUGUGGUACCUGUUCGUGUUAAAGGAAGCAAAGAUGAACAUUUACAGUGGAGAAUUUGUCUAACUCAAGUUGAACUUGCAAUGGUACAGUCUUUUAAUGAUACACAAAUUAAGGUGUAUGGUGCUUUAAAAAUGAUCACAAAACACCAUCUUACACCACGAUGUGAAAACAUUACAUCAUAUAUCAUCAAAAUUGUCUUAUUUUGGCAAAUGGAGCAGACGUAUUGCAGUGAAUGA